AGAAAUCUCUCAGGAAGUGCUUGAAGAACAAGAACUCACGCUGAGGAAGAGAUUAGAGGAAGAACUGGCAGCCCAGAGACAGUGUGUGUAUAACAAUCUUUGUGAGGAGGUAGUAGAUGACGGUGUUGCAGUUAUGACUAAAGAAAUGGCAGAGGAAGAAAUGAGAUUGGUCAAAGCAGAACUUCACCGUCAGCGCUUGGAGCGAUGCAGCCAGCAGUGUAAAGAUGACUUGCUUGUUGAAGUGGUUGAUGAGGUGAUAGAGGAGGUGGCCAUGGAAGUGUAUGACGUGGAUGUGGUGAUGAAGCUGGACAGGCUGAAUGCCACGGAAAAGAUUGUGAAGACUUUGAGAUGUAGAAGAUUCUUGCAGAUUUGGAGAAAGAAAUAUAUGGCUGAGAUUAGAGCCAAACGGUCUUUGCUGGACUUUCCCAGUGCACCUUCAAUUAAAGCAAUUGGUGAACAAAUACAUGAGCUAGUGCCACACCGGCCGGACACAAGGAUCUCCCACAAGUCAUUUUACAUCGGUGAAAGAGCACAACUGAGCAUUGAGUCACCUAUGGAUGUGAUUCAAGACCAGCUUCACCUGAAUGUUCAUCUCUCCAUGGCUUCAGCUCGUCACAUGCUUAAUAACUUGGUCAUGUGGCGCCCUCUGGAUGUCACCAACAUUGUCAACGCUCCGUUACAGCGAGCAUUCCAAAGCUGGAAGGAUAGAGGACUUAUUGAACCAGACACAACUUCCUUGCAGUGGAAACUGGUUCUCUCUCUGCCAAGUAAAGAACAAACCUCAACUAGUGAGGAAUCCAUGUUUUCCAAGUGGAUCAGGACCAAACUUUGUAAAGGCCAUGAACGGGAGGCAUUGUUACAGUCCACACCUUCUUAUGAAGGGGAAGUCCUGAGCAAGUACCACAUGAAAACUGGGCAGAAAGAAAGAGCAGGACUUUGUAUCCGCUGCUUCCAAGGAGCCUGGUCUGAUAAUCAGGAGAUCAGUGUGAGAAAGAAGGAUCUGCUGAAGGGCACAAGUGCUGUGGUGUUCAUUUUACCCUGUCUGGAGAGCCUUCAGGGCUUGAGCAAGUCUUUACAGCUUGCUAUGUGGAAAAAACAGAAAGUGCGUCUCCAUCAGAUCCUGAAGCAGAAACCAGAGAGUCCAGCUGUGCCGUUGAUCUUGAUCAUCCCUUCAGUGCUCAGCUCCAGCAAUAUCUCGCUCCAGGAGCUUGAUGAGAAUCUAGAACUUUCCAGCCUAGGCAAGCAGGGUCUGAUUUCUGCCAUACAUAUAGCCCAGCCCUUCGUAGGCGGUCAGGAGCAGCUUCUGCAAUGCUUUGAAGACUGGACUGCUCAGGUGACAAACUGCCUGAGAUUUGCUGUCAGCCACAUCCCUGUCCCCCCCAAACUGCGGGUGAAGCCAGUCUCUGACUACAUUGAAGAUGCUAUUGUAGAAUUCUACAAGUCGACUGUCUACGAGGAUUUGCGUGUCAGGACCAAACAUCAGCUCUUACAUCAGUCGCCAAACACUCUGUUGUCCCUGUACAACGAGGUGGUGGAGCAUGCAGCCAUGGUUUGCAGCUCAGGCUCACUGGCACAGAUCUCCUGGCCAGCACCAGACUUUGAUGAAUCUGUAGCAGCAGGACACCCUGUCUCUUCAUGGAACUCAGAAGCUCACAUGUGUGACCUGUAUGAACUAGUUUCCAAAAUGAGGCUGCCCUACUUUCGGUAUAGUGACUUGGAAGCAGAUGAUUGGUCGACGGCAUGUAACGACGUUUGGGCAUUUGUGGCUGCAGUAACGAAGAAGGAUACUGGGUUCGCCAAAAUUGGUCUGCAUCACAAAGUGGCUGAACUGUUGUCUCGCUGUAAGAAAGUAUUCCGUCAGUUCUGCUGGCUAGCAAACCGAGAUGGACCCUGUGAACCCUCGUACAUCAACAUGGCCUGGACAGAUUUGAUUGAUGCUUGCAUACAUUAUAAACUGGUGUCUCUUCGUACAGGCCACUUGAAUAUUAGGAGACAGGAUGAUGAGCUGGUAGAAGAUGACCUUGACCCGGAGGAGAUGCUGGUGUUUUAUCAGGAGUCAGAGCUUGAUGACUGGGAGCCUCCUGUGGUGUGGCAGGAUGCUCUCAGAGAUACUGAGUCUGCAGGGGCUGGCCUGCUUAAGUCGACUGUUGAGAAUGCCAGUAUUACUUUAGACAGGAUGGAAGCAGACAGCAUGGAGACUUCAACUGUAAAUGAAGGAACUGU